AUGCCUCCCAUAUCGUCCCUCGCGGGCAUCCUCGACUCGCCUGUCGCGUCAUCCAACGGCUCGACAGUCGUGGGCGGGGGCGGCACGUUACCAGACAUUUCCCUUGGCUCCCUCGGCUCCAGCUUCCACUCGGCAGACGACGGCGAGUAUGACGAUGGUGGCAUGGGUACACCAAGGAACGACAAGGCUCAACGCCGCAAGGACACUUCGUUUACCCCGCUGUCGUCACAGACGCCUGCGUCCGCACUCGUGGCCGUCUCCCCGCCUACAAGUGUGCGCCGGACGUCGUCACAAUCUGCGUUGGAUCAAGGCGCUCCCCGUCGCUCACGCUACAUGCGGUCGUCGAACGCCAAGGCCAAGAACAACGAUUCGGGCUCCGACAGCGACGGCGACGCACUUGCCCCGCAGUACGGUGGCGACACGGUGGACAGCGACGAGGACGGCGUGCUUGGCUCGCUGAGCGUCAAUGUCACCCAUCGCCGCGCGGCCCAGCUCCGUGCUUCUGGAACGUCGUACGCUGGCGGCCCGAGCAAGCGUAGCGGACGGCACAGUGUGGCUGCCAACCCGACGUCCAACCAGAUGACACUCCGCGAACAGGAGCAAAACGUGGACGCCCUGCAAAAGGAAAACUUCAACCUGCAGCUCGAGAACCACUUUCUCAAGGAACGUCUCGCUAGCAUGGCCCCGGACCACAUCGAAGCGGCGCUCAAGGAGAAUGUCAAGCUUAAGAUUGAGAUUCUCAACCUCGGCAAGGAGCUCAAAAAGUGCAAGCGUCUCCUUAUGCAGCAGGACAGGGACCUGGCAGCGGCUGCCAGGGAGGGCAAGAGCGUGCGUUCCCGCGAUGCCGAGUCUCGCGAACUCGAGGCCCUGUACCGCCAGGAGAAGGAGAAGAGGGACGCCCUCGAGGAGGAGAUUGAGCGUCUGCGCGACCUGCAGUCGGACAAGGCCAGCAACCUCGAAGACGACCUCGACCAGGCGCGCGGCCAGCUUGAGGACCAGGCCGAGGAGAUGGCCAAGCUCCAGGACGCCCACGACCGUGCGCAGGACGAGCUCGACCAGCUCCGUGAGCAGCAGCGCGACCUGGGCGAGAGUGUUGGCGUGAGCAAGGGCCGCGAGUCGCGCCAGGUCCAGAGGCUCGAGCAGGAAGUGGACGAGCUCAAGGCCGAGAUUGAGCAGCUGCUCCAGGGCCACGCAGAGCUCGAGGUGCUUGAAGAGCAGAACAACCAGCUGCGCGACAAGUAUGCCGCCGCCCAGAUCGACCUGGACCGCCACGACGAGGAGAUUGAGGAGCUCAACAACGAGAUCGACCUCAAGGUCCAAGAGCACGAAAAGGAGAUCCAGCAGGUCGAGGCCGAGUGGCGCGACGAGGUACUCGAGACGCGCGCACAUGUGGACGAGCUCAAGGACGUGCUCCAGGAGCGCGAACAGGACCUCGAGGAGGCCCGCAAGGCGUUUAUCGAGCGCGAGGAGGAACUCAUUAUCGCCCGCGACCGUAUUGGCGAGCUCGAGGCCGUCCAGGGCGAGACCCACGAUCGCCUCGAGGAGACGCUGCGAAACAUUGAGAUGGACAAUGCGGAGAAGGAUGGCGACCUCAUUGCCGCAAACCGCGAAGUCGAGAGCCUUGGCCAACGCGUAUAUGACCUCGAGGAGAUGAUCGACGAGCUGCGUGGGCAAGAGAACGACCUCAACAUUGAGCUGCAGCGCGCCGACGAAGAAAAGGCUCACUUUGUGGACCUUGUUGCUGCGCUCAAGGAGGCACGCCGUAAGGCUCAGGACGAGCGCGACGAUGAGGCCGUCAAGCUUCGCCGCGAAGAGGACGCCCACGACGCCGACCGCGAGGCCUGGGAGAAUGAGCGUGCAACAGAAGCCGAACAGCACCGCCGCGCUCUUGCCAGCCGGGACCAGGUCAACGAGCGCCUCACCACCGAGCUGGAGGCCGCGCGUGACCGUGUCGCCAUGCGCGACCGUGACCUGGCCUCGGUCCAGAACGCUCUCCGCGGCGUCGAGGACGAGCGCCGCAAGCUUGGCGACGAGCAGUCUUCUGGCCGCCAGUCGCUCGAGCUCGAGAUCCAGCGCCUGCACCGCGACUUUACGCGCUGUGAAGACGAGCUGGACCGUGCGCGCGAGGAGCUGCGCGAUCGCGAGCAGGCUCUGCACGACCGUGACUUGGAGCUUGCCGAACUCAUGGACAAGCACCGCGACCUCGAGGGCAAGCUGGUCACCGAGCGCCAGGGCCGCCUCAACAUUUCCGACAAGCUCGACGCCAAGACCAAGGAGGUCCGCCAUCACGAGCGCGAAGCUGCCAACCUCCGGGAACGCCUCGAAGACCUCGAGCCCUUGCUCACCGAGACGCAAAACUCGCGUUUCCAGAUGCAAAAGGAGAGCGACAGGCAGAGGCAGGAGCGUACGGACCUGCUCCUGCGCGUGUUCAAGGACGUCAACCGCUUCCUGGGCGUCACCGCCGAGGACAAUGUCACGCCGGCCAACUUUGGCGUGUUCCGCGACACGCUCAUCCAGCGCCUGCGGUCGAUCAGCGGCGCGCGCUCCGACUUUGACAAGCGCAUCAAAGAGACCGAGGUCCGGAUGGAGCAGAAGAUGGCCGGACUCAAGCGCCAGCUGGACGCCAAGUGGCGUGCCCUGGACGCGUUCGAGUCGAGUGUCAAAAAGCUCGAACUCACACGCUCGCAGUGGCGCAGCCGCCUGUCGCUCAAGGACGGCGAGCUGGACGCGUUCAAGGCGCGCAACGCCGAGCUCCAGGCACAGCUGUCGGCCGUGCGCGCGUCUGGUGGCGCCGAGUCGUCGUCGCACAUCCGCUCGCUCAUUGAGCGUGCGCAAAUGGCGGAGAAACGUUCCGCCACGUCGGCCCAGAGCAUUGCCCAGCUCGAGGCACGUAUCGCCGAACUGCAGUCGCGCGCCGGCGUCGCGGAGACCAAGUGGGAGGCGCGCGUCAAGGAGUACGAGGCGAGGUUGCGCCAAGCAGGCGAAAAAGUCAAGGCGGAGAAGCAGGGCGGCAAGGAGCGCGCACACCAGCUCGAGGCACAAGUCCGGGAACUGGAGCGACUGCUGGCCGUCACGCAAAAGAACAACAAGCGCGCCGAGGGUGUUGUUGCCAAUGCCGCGCACCUCAUGGACAAUUAA